ACGAGACUGUCGACUACCCAUGUCUCUGCCUUCUCGUUACUGGCGUUCGUUCGAACUAGUGAAGUACUAUCCAAAGUCGGUUAUUUUAUUAUGUGCACGAAGAGUCGAGCAAUUGGCAGGAACAGAAGAGAAGCCACCUGGCAGGUGGAUUCGCCGCCUGAUGGAAAAGACGUCAGAGGGAAGGCAAAAGGGCAAUUACAGGUAUCUUUACCACGCACUGCCUGCGUCAGAUGUAGCAACAAGGAUGCGUGACUUUAUCAGUGCAGGCCGAGAAGAUGAUGCAUAUGCACUGUUUUCCAAACUGAAAGAGCAUGGCCAUAAACCACCACUGGAGGCUUAUCAUGUACUGUUGGAUCUUUGUGUACAUCACAGAGAUAUAGAGGCUGCUAAAAUGACAGUUGCUAACAUGAAACAAGUUGGUCUACAAGCUGAUCAAAGGUCAUUAGUGAAAGUGAUGUGUACGUAUCUGAAAUCAGAACUGUUCACUGAUGUACUGCCCCUUCUUGAGUCAGUGGAAAAAGAACUAGAUAUUCAUGCUCAGAGAGACACAUUUGUUCAUUUAAUGAAAUGGGCUAAUAAGUGUGGACUAAGCAGCACAGCAUUAAAGGUGUACGAUGCAGCAUCACGCUGGAAUAGCCGAUUGCAAUAUCACAGUGAUUUGGUGUUUGAACUGAUUCUGGCUAAUGCUCAUAUUGGAGAUACUAAACAACUAAGAGCUUUUGAUCAGGAACUUCAACUGAGACGAUAUGAUCCAAAAGUCUGGAGUGCAUUAGCAAUUGCAUAUGCUGACAGUCGCCAUCUUCUUUUUGCUGUAGAGCAAAUAAAACGAAUGAUUGCUGUGAGCUAUGUGCCUACAUUUGAGUGUAGUGGAGCUGUAUUGAAUGCUUGCCUUGCAGCCAGAGACUUGGAUACAGCAUGUCAGGUUGUCAGGUUGUUAGAUGGUCCUCACUAUCACACGUUUAGUUAUGAUCGUUAUGCACCACAAUAUUACAACGCACUUCUGCAACUACAGAUUGCUGCUCAUAAUGCUGUUCAACAAGCUGGCAGUAGGUCGUCAUCACUAAAGCAGUCACUGUCUCGACUUCUUCAACCAAAUCAUUACUACAGAGGAAUCAUACGAACAAAUAGAAACAUGAUACCUGACACAACAACUUUAGAGGCUUUGUUUUAUCUUGGAAUCAUUAGAAGAGACUAUGAGGGGGCUGCCAGUGAUGUUCUUACAACUCUUAUGGAAUGUGGUCACGCACCUUCGUCGUCUUCGUUGUUUAGUUGGACAGAGAGAGUGACAUUUCUUUCAUUUUAUCAAGCAAUGACAGCAGCUAAGAAAACACUGGAUUUCAUAGAAAGAACGAGAGUGAAACCAACAUUAACUGAAUGGAGUCAACUGAUGAAGUUGGCGUUGAAAAUUAUUGACAAACAACAAGGCAACGUAGAAGCACAUGCAGCAGCAUAUGUGAGCUUUAUACAUAGAUACAUGAAUGAUUGUGGCAUUGAUCACUCUGUUGAUUCAAAUUGUACCAUACUGAGUGUUCUCUCACAGAGUGGUGCUGUUGGUCCCUUGCUUCAUCGUUUGAGAGUGAUAAGUAGUGAAGGCAUGACAUUAGACAAAGACAUAUUUGCUGUAGUCAUUGAUGGUUUGCGGAGAGCCAACAAGCCACCUGCAGCAAAGGCCGCCAUUCAUAAUGUCUGGCGUGUGAUGAUGAAGCUGGGAGUGGAUCCAUCACUGGAGACAGUGAACAAACUGAUUGAAUGUUGUGGUCAGUGUGGUCAGCUUGAUCGAGCUUUCUAUUUCUUUAAUAUUCUCUCUAAUAUCAAUUUGGAAGCAGACAUGCAGACGUUUGAUAGUCUGAUAAAGGUGUGCUUGAAGUUAAAGAGGAAUGACAAAGCCGAUGAAGUAUUUGAUAUAAUGCAAAAUCAAGGACUAAUGGAACGUUCUGGGACAUGAUGUUGUUUACUGUUAAUUAAUUAAAUGAUCUAUAUAAAUAUUAAUAUUUUUAUUUAUUUAUUUAAAAUGUGGGAGCUGUUGAUUUUUAAUAACAGUUGUAAUAGACAGAGGAAGAAAAUUAAGAGAAGGACUUCAGUAUUGUUAUCA